CUCUCUCUCUCUCUCUCUCUCUCUCUCUCUCGUAGCUCAUUCUAAUGUAGGACAUUUUAACUUUUUUCUCCGUCCCUUCCCACUUUCUUCAUCGGGCCAAGAGACAAAUGGGAAAAUGAACCCUGUUGCUUAAAGAGAGUGGGUUGAUCGGAGAUCCCCCUGCGCCUUUAUUCCUCCUCUCUCUGACAUCCUCUCUCUCUCUCUGUCUUUCUUCUCCUCUUCUGGUCGAGCUCACAGCAUCCAUCAUCUCCAGUCUCUGCACUCUAUGAGACUAUACAAUCCUCCAUCUAAACGGGGGCUUUUCAAGAGGAAUCCUUUGGAAUGAGAUCAGCGAUGUUCCUGCAUAUACUGCUGCGUACCAUCUGCCUCUUUGUCUUGUCAUCUUCGGCCAUCCAACGUCCUGCAGCAGAUGAGAACACAUUCUUACAAGUGGCCAUUCCUGAUAGCCCAGUUUCUGCCAUUUUGGGGGGCUCCCUGACUCUGCCCUGCCUGGUGAGUCUCUCCCGGUCCUUGUCUUUGGGUCGGCAUGCCGUACUGACCCAGUCACGAGUCAAAUGGAGCUUUCUUUCAUCAAACAGAGAGACAGAGAUCCUAGUGGCCCGUGGUGAGCGGGUAAAGGUGAGUGAGUUGUAUAAAGGCAGGGCUUCACUGCUGAAUUAUGCUGCCUCUUCAGCUGAUCUUACCCUCAGACUGGAUGGGCUGAUGCAAAAUGAUACAGGCUUCUACCGCUGUGAAGUCCAGCAUGGCUUGGAGGAUGCCCACGACCAGGCCCAAGUCAAAGUAAAAGGUGUUGUUUUCCACUACCGCCAUACCUCGAGUCGCUAUGCUUUCACUUUUGAUGAGGCCAAAGAUGCAUGUGAGGACAUUGGAGCUCAGAUUGCUUCUCCAGAGCAGCUGGUGGCUGCGUACCACAGUGGCUAUGAGCAGUGUGACGCUGGUUGGGUUUCAGAUCGCUCUGUUAGAUACCCAAUCCAAAUGCCCCGUGAAGGCUGUUUUGGAGACAUGGAUGGAUUACCAGGCGUUCGAAACUAUGGCAUGAUGGAUAAUGAUGAACUCUUUGACGUGUAUUGCUAUGUGGAGAACAUUCAUGGGGAGGUUUUUCAUGGGUCGACCCCACAGCGUUUCAGCUUGUCAGAAGCUAAGACAUACUGUGAACAGCAGGGAGCUCAGUUAGCCACCACUGGCCAGCUGUAUGCCGCAUGGAAUGAUGGUCUGAAUCACUGCAGUCCUGGCUGGCUUGCUGAUGGAAGCGUUCGCUACCCUAUUGUGACCCCUCGUGAACGGUGUGGGGGCUCUGAACCUGGUGUCAAGACAGUCUAUCGAUUUAGCAAUCAAACAGGAUUCCCGGAACCACAUACUCCCCAUGAUGCCUACUGCUUCAGAGCUAACAGCAACUCUCAGACAGUCCCACCUAUAGAUUAUAUGGCAACAGAGCCAGAGGACACAGAGCAGCAUAUUGUGACUUUAACAGAUCCCCAAGAGGAGUACAGCAUGGAUCAGGUCACUCAACAGUCCGAAAAUGAAGCUCAGGGGGCUGUUGAGUCUUUCUCCGUCUACAGUACACAGACUACUUCAGAACCUGAGAAACCCAACCAUACCCCAAGCUCUCAGGAAGAUGUCACUGCUAGCACCAAAAAAGACAUCGCCACCCCAGCCAGCACAGACAGAUAUCUUGAGUCCACUGAGGUCACCUGGCAAAAAGUUGAGUCUGUUCCAGUGAUUUACAUGCAUCCAAAACACAAUAAUUUCAUGCAAGAAGGAGAACCAGAUAUAAAAGCUUCAGCAAUUGAUGGUGUUAAGAGCAGCAAUCAUAGACACUACCAACCAAUGCCAGAUACCAACUUUGAGCCAGGAGAGCCCAUUGACUAUGUCCCACUUACAGAGGCUCAGCCUGAGACGACAGAGGUACCGUCCUCUCAACCGAAGGAGAUAGAUGGGUCCAAACACUUCCAGCCCAUGCCUGACACCAGCCUAGAGAAUGAGGAUGAAGAUCAUGUGACUAGCGAGAUCUCUACGACUACUGAGGGUACUACGAUGAAAUAUGACUCGAGCAAUGACACCACAACGUACAAUGCUCCAGUCCAGUCGGGUCCCUCAACAUAUCUUCCUGAAGGUGCUACAGUUGAGGAAAAUGCAGGAAAUAUCACAGAAGCUCCAGGGUCAGAUGAAGACCGAGGUCUUUUUACACAUACAACUCAGUCCACCUCAGUAAGAACAUCCAGCACUGAAGAUUGGUUGGAUGGUUCCGGUGAGGAUUUGUCCUUGUUAUCCACAGAAAAGGUAGAACAUUUGGUCACCCCACAUAUAUCAGAGGCAUAUGGAGCAUCGACAACUGAGACUGAGACAGAGAGCUUCUCAUUAACACAUCUGAACACUGUUAGCACAACUUUUAAACCCAUUCAUGAAAACAGUUCUGCAGACCAUCACAAUACUGAGGAGACCUCAGCUGUUCCUGUGUCUCUUGGUGCAGAUGAUGAUGAUGAUGUCAGUGAUUAUUCGACUGUGAGCACAACACUGAAGGAAACCGAGUCGUCUGAAGGUUCUGGCGAUCAUGAUGAUGUCCUGCCAGUCACACUGCUGACCACCCCUAUGCCUUAUCUGUUUGGCACAUCAACCACACAUGGGCCUGCACAAGUAGAAAUCAGUUCUCCACAGGAAAUGGAAGGAGUCCUCCCUGAAAGCACCACUCCAUCUGGCCUUGAAAUUGUGGAAGAAGAACUUGAGAAGGUGGAGCAGGAAGAGCUUGGAGGAGCACCUAAUCACCUAAUCACCACAUCCACUGAGCUUAAUAAUUCUACUAUAACUUUCAAUGUUGAAGACAGCGAUGAGGAUGAGUCCUCUGGAGAAGGAGAACCUCCAGGAAACUGGUCUUCAGUUACUAAGCUUCCAUACUCAAAAGUGGCCACCAUCACUCCCUCUAACCUGACAGAUAUGCAGGAGCAUAAUGAAACCAAUAGUGAUAAUGAAGAUAAUCAGGACAGCACUGUGGGACCCACAACAAGUCUGGAGGUAACAUUUCUUCCUCAUGGGACCCAAAGUCCUAUCUGGCCAUCUGUGGCCUCUUCCACAAACCCAGGAGAGUUCAGAGCAGAUGUUGAAUUCAGUGGAGAAGCUGCACUUACCACAGACAUCAAAGCCUUAAGUGAAUCUGACUCCACCAAUGCUCCCAUCAAUGAGCACAUGGAGCAAACCCAGAAACCAUCCACUACGACAACUGACAAUGAAGAUGAUGAUGGUGAUAAUGAUUAUGAUCUCAUGACUAAAGCAAACACAGACAAUACGGAAGAUGAGACUCAUGUUAAAACCACACCUGAGUCUGCCACUCUACCUGCCAGCCCUACACAGAAAGUGUUGGAUAGGACAGGCUACAUUUCAGAUGCAUGUUUGGAGAACCCAUGUAAAAAUGGAGGGACUUGUGUGGACAGUGGAGCAGGUCGUAGAUGUCUCUGUCUACCCACUUAUGGAGGAGACUUCUGUGAGACAGAUCUAGAGCACUGUGAACCAGGAUGGGAAAAGUUCCAAGGGUUUUGUUACAAACAUUUCACCAAACGGCAGAAAUGGGAGGUAGCAGAGCAGCACUGUCGCAUGUGCGGAGGUCACCUGGUCUCUGUUAUGUCACCUGAGGAACAGGAGUUUAUCAAUGAUAAAUACAGGGAAUAUCAGUGGACUGGUCUCAAUGACAAGACCAUCGAGGGAGAUUUCCGUUGGUCAGAUGGGAGCCCUCUGCUGUUUGAGAACUGGUAUCGUGGACAACCAGACAGCUACUUCCUGUCAGGGGAGGAUUGUGUUGUCAUGGUGUGGUAUGAUGAUGGCCGUUGGAGUGAUAUCCCUUGCAACUACCACCUUUCCUACACCUGCAAGAAGGGCAUUGCAGCGUUCUGUGGUCAGCCCCCUCUUGUGCUGCACGCUAAAAUGUUUGGACGUCGUCAACUAAAGUACAGGGCGAAUUCACAGCUACGCUACUACUGUGAGCCCGGCUUCUUCCAGAGACAGAAUCCUGUCAUCACAUGUCAGAGCAACGGACAGUGGGAGGAACCUAAGAUCACUUGUACACCAGUAGGACCAGCAUACUUAAAUGGAGAACUGGUAACAUGGCCCACAGGUCAGAACAAGGAAAUAGUCGUAGAAGACACCGCAACAAAAACAACACCUGAAUAUAAGGAUAUAAAAUGGAACUUUUGAAACAAGCACACUGCAUAGCAUUUCAUUAUUUCUUUCAUUCUCCUGUUUAUUAUGUUGUUCCUUCUUUUAUCCUCCUUUAAGGCGUUCAUCGAUCAACUCUACAAAGUUCAAUGUUAUAUAUAGAAAUCUGUCCCACUUAACUUUUUUUUCUUUAAGGGUAAAAUCGGAUAACAGUUUAAGUACGGCAAACAUCUGUAACCGACGACUUAAGACUCAUUAACUUUUUUUUUCUGUGUAGACCAUGACACUGAAUUACAUUUUGUAAUUCUAAGAUCAAACCACACUUGAUAAAAAGCAACAUCCAAACAAAGCUCGUAACUGUUGGACCAGGCUCCCAUUUCUUUUUGUUUUUGUUUUUUUAAUAAAUUAUAAGAUAAACCUA